AUGGCUCAGCCAAGGUCGCUUACCUAUCGUGGUAAUAUAAGAGCUUACCCUGAUGGCAAUGAGAGUGAUGAAUCUAGGUCUCCACGAGGGGACAAGAAGCCGAGGAAGCGAAAUAGUGUAGCCUGUGCACGUUGCCGCAAGAGGAAGAUCAAAUGUACCGGUGAUCGCCUGGAUGGCAACGGCUGCGAGGCCUGUCAGGCAGCCGGGGUGCCGCGAAGUUCCUGCCACUAUCUGAGGGUGAACUCUCAUCAUAUAGAUGAUGUCGCGUUGCAGGUCUCCAGUGACUCGGAAUGGCCCCAUUCAGCACCUGCCCCGGCCAACUAUAUGACCCGGAUCACAACCGAUCCAAGCCAGUACGCUCUUGCCAACGUUAGCCAUGUCCCCCAGCACGUGCCCACUCCUUACACAGGCCCAGGCGCGCCAUACUCGACUUCACAAGCGCGCCCUCCUUUCAAUACCAAUUACCCGACCAGCUACAAUGGUCAGUAUGACAUGCAGAGGCCCCUUCAAGGACCGCCUCUUCAAAUGUCACAAGCACCUACGCCAAUUUAUCCCACCCUCGAUUACGCUCAGCAGUGGAAUCCAUUGCCUUCAAACGGCAGACCGACCUCUCACACUCUGCUCUACGAUCAAGAUCCUUUGAGAUAUGAGACUUCGACGGUCUCUUACAUGACAUCUACGGGUACUUCGGUCCCAAAUGUGGCGGCAGAGGGAUCGCCGAUAUUCCCUGGUUUGUCUCCGCUCGUCAACCAUUUGCCAGCUUAUGGUGGCAACAGGACGCUUCCCGAUCCAAUGAGUAUUCAUUCCUCAUUCGACGCCAGCAAUGGAUCCAUCCAGGGGAACGAUGAAGAUCCUACCUUGUACCAACAACACCUUGAGACAGGGACUAGCCAAGGGUCAGUCAGCUCGGCGUCCCAAGACGCUAUCAACGCCACAGGUCAGGGCAGUAACACUUCAUCUUCAUGUCCUAGCGAGACCCAAGAAAUGUCGACGCUCAGCUCUCUCAAUAUGACCCACACGUCGCCAAGUGCUUCUAGCGAAAAUACCUCUGGCUUCCACUCCAUAGACAACUCAACGACGAAUAACGUCGGCAGCUACGCCGCCAGCCCAACGUUGGCGAUGCAGUCCAAUCAGCACUCCAACAGCCAGCUCCCGAGCCUGAAUUCACCUUUUGACGGCAAUGGUGGACACAGAGGCUCUCACGUGCCGGAGAGAACGCUCGACUCCGGCAUGGCGAUCAGAAACGGGAGUGUUUACGACCCACAUGGCCGUCCUCGAAUCCUGCAACCGCAGCCUCGACGUUCGCCUUCUUACGAUCUGCUCAACGGUUCCUUCGAAGGGGGUGGGAAGCACCCGGCUAAGGUGCUCAAGUCGAACGGCCAUGGUCGCAGGCCUGGUGGAAAGCAGUAA